UUUCCUCCGGUCCACAUUUAUAAAAUCCCAAAGCUGCCUGAAACAAGGAGAAGGCAGCACUAACCAAACAUAACAGAUGAGUGUUGGACUGACAGAAAGAAAAUGGAAUAGGCCUACAGUUUGGUUAUUAUAUUAAAGGAGAGAGAGAGAGAGAGAAAUCUGCCUUCCGUAUCCGCCAUAUCCGUACCACACCCAUAUAGCCUGUAAGACGGAAAGCCCACGUGUAGAUCGACUCGAGACACACUUCAAACCCGAUCGGCAUCUAACUUUACACAAACAGGCUGUUUGGUAAGGAUUGUAAUCACCUCCUUUCAGCACUCGUUAAAUUCAGCGGGAAACUUCACAUUCAAAAUGGAACCUAAGUCGAAGACUGAAAAUAAUGGAUCAAUGGACGAAACUGUCAAGAAUAAUACAGACGACCACAAUGGGGAGAGCCAUCAACCUCGUAAUUUGCAACUUGUUGCAAAGGGAGAGGAGUCACAUGCAACACAUUCUUUAAAGUGGGGCUCAACUAUCAAGACAUCCACAUCUGUUACCUGCAACAAAGCAGGAACUGUUGAGGACUCCCUGAAAAGAAGUUCACAGUUUAAAGAAUUAGCAAAAAAGAACAACGACAAAGAGCUUGUUGUUUUACCUCCUAUUGUCAGAACAUGAGAACUUUACUGAUUAUGCAAAAAAAGUUGAAACGGUGAAGCAAGCUCUCAAAAGAGGUGGUCGAUUGCUGAAAAAACUGUCACCUGUCUCACCUGAAAUACAUGAUUUCUUUCUUCCUGGUUCUUGGUUUGUGCUUUCCUGCAGUGAGUCGGUUUGAACAUUAGGUGGAGAUAUUUUGACAGGUCGCUGCUUUCCAUCCUCAGCUUCCAAAAUGUCAUGUCUUUCCUCCGGUCCACAUUUUUACAAAUCCCAAAGUUGCCUGAAACAAGGAGAAGGCAGCACUAACCAAACAUAACAGAUGACUGUUGACUGAUUUUGGCGAUUCAAAAAAUACCAAAUGAAGAAAAAGAAGAAGAAAAUGACGCCAGUUGAUGCAGACGGAACGUUUGGCCUGGACUACAUUUUCUACACGGACACUUUUGGAGAAGCGACUAAAACCGAGACCCUGGCGAAAUGGAAGUGAAAAAUUCUAACUCUGCUAUGCUCAGUAACUAUGAGGUGUUCAAACUCCUGACAGACCUGAAGGAACAGAGGAAGGACAGCGGGAAGAACAAGCACAGCACCGGGCAGCAGAACUUAAACACCAUCAUGUAUGAGACGCUGAAGUACCUGUCGAAGACGCCCUGCAGCAGACAGAGUCCUGAGAUCGUCAAAGAGUUCCUCACCACCAUGAUGCCUCACAAACUCACAAAGGCUGAGAAACUGCAGCUACUGAACCACCGGCCGCAGACAGCAGUGGAAAUUCAGCUUAUGGUAGAAGAGAGUGAGGAGCGUUUAUCGGAGGAGCAGAUUGAGGAGCUCAUCCAGACAGUCGCAGACACCCUACCCGGUGACCCUGAGCAGGAAAACGCAGCUCCAGCACAAGCAGAGAUGGACGAAGGCGGUGAGCAGUCGUGACCCAGUGACAGGCCAGAAAUGACCCACAGAUGAAGAACAAGAUUGUUACAGAAGUGGACUAGCUGCUUUUACCUGAGCCGUUUUGCAUCAAUGCUUGAACUGAACAACACGCCGACAGAAAAAGGAUGCACAAUGGCUGCCUGGCCGUGGCUGAGAGGACCUCAUUACUGGAAGAAAACAAGCAUGCUAGGAUUUACAUUUAUGUUUGUACAUCCAGUUGGAUUCAGAUCAAACAUGCGCACACCUUCAUAAGUACAGGUUUUUAAACAGUGAGUCACUUGUUUUGCAUCUGAGUCGUCUAAUUUGUAUUUCACAUCAGAUAAUGUUCAUGCAGAGACAGUCUGCUAUUAACCUGUUAUGUUUUUGGUUUCUGACUUAAUGUUAGUCACCAGUUUCUACCAUGGUGAUUUAUGAUUUCCAAAGCUGUAAUAUAUGUCAGUAAUGCAAUUAAACUUGCAUUGGUCAGACAGUAUUAUUAGAGUGGCUGUGUAAUACAAAGAGAGACUGUAAGAA